AGAAACAUUUGUGACAUAUGACAUGUCAUCAUUACCGGCGUCAUAGCUGUGGUUACAAUUACUAAAAAGCAGUUUAUAGAUUAACGUCUGGAGUACUGCUUUUCCUGUCCAUGCUCAUUGCAGAUCAUGGCAUCUACAAAGAAGAAGCUGAGACUGCGCAAAAAAAAUGUACCCAAAGAUGGAUCAAGUAAAAUUUCACAGACAAUGUCUGCAGAAGCCUCUCCCGAUUCCAAGUGCCCCAUUUGCCUGGACAGGUUCAAUAACAUGGCCUACCUGGACCGCUGUCUGCACAAGUUUUGUUUUCGGUGCAUCCAUGAAUGGUCAAAAAACAAAGCAGAGUGCCCGCUCUGCAAGCAGCCCUUUAAUUCGAUCUUCCACACCAUAAAAGCAGAGAACGACUUUAAAGAAUUCAUUUUGCGACCGACUGAGAAUGGCUCCUUUGGUAGUCUAGAUGGGCACAGGUUCAGGUACCGCACAACAGUGACAAGGAGGACUUCCCCGCCCCCAGACAAUGGAAUUUUGUUUGAAGGGCCAACAGGAAAUGCUCCUCCCCAACGCAAUCGGGGAGUUCAACGCAUGAUGCUGCGACUUGCAGCAAGGAGGCGAGCCCAGACUGAGGGCAGGUCUGUCAGGCUAAUGCAGGAGCAAGAGAUGAUCAGUUUCAGACGGGCUCUCUACAGAACUGGGGUCAGAGUCCGAAAUGUGCACGAUGGCGGGCGCUACAGGGACAUCUCUGCCGAAUUUUUCAGGAGAAACCCAGCCUGUCUUCACCGACUGGUGCCCUGGCUAAAACGUGAGCUCACUGUGUUGUACGGUGCCCACGGAUCUCUGGUGAACAUUGUCCAGCACAUCAUCAUGACACGGAUCACCAGGUGUGACAUGGAAGACCAGGCUAUCCAAAAUGAACUGAAGCCUUUUUUACUUACCCGUACUGAACAUUUCUUGCACGAGUUCAUCAGCUUUGCUCGGGCUCCUUACAAUAUGGAUGCUUAUGAUCAGCAUGCUGUUUAUGACUGUCCAGCACCGUCCUAUGAGGAAGGGAGCAGUUCGGAAUUGUCGGUCAUCACUAUAUCGGCUGAUGAAGCUGAUACUGAAGAGGAUCAAGGGAUGGUUUCCAUGGCUGGUAGUGGCCUCAGCCAGGCUCCCUGGGAUGAUGAAACUCCUGGCCCUUCUUACUCAGCGACGGAGCAGGUGCAGCCAGCAACGUUUUCGGUCAGCGAAUCUGAAUCUGAGACCAGUGGUGAUGAGGAAGGACAGGUAAUGCCUUCAGUGCAGGAAAGUGCUGAAGUUAAGACUGAUCCAUCAGCCAAUGAAGGGGCCGAUGCCUCCUCCACUGAUGAGGACUGUGUUAUUGUGGGCUUUGUCAAGCCCUUGGCCGAAAGGACUCCUGAGCUUGUCCAACUGUCUUCUGACUCUGAGGAGUCUGUCCACAAUGAAAGCACAGAUGUCCCUGCUCAACCCCAGCACUUGCGAUUUCCAAGCAUCAGCAGCCCUCCUUCCUCUGUGUGUUCUGUUGUGUCCAAAGACAAGUCCCCUCAUGGACAUGAAAAGUCCAAUAAGAAAGAAAGUAAGGGCAGAGACCAAUCCAUUUCAAGAGGGACCGAUACCAGCAAGACUUGCAGCAAAGGAAUGCAUGCGCAUGAUGACAGAAGGCACCACAGACGAGACCGAUCGAGGAGCAAAGAAAGAUCUAGACAGAACAAAAAAAGGAGAUCAAAAAGCACAGAGAAGAGUUGGUCAAUAAGAAGCACGACAACGUCAUUGAACAGUGACAGUACGCUUUCAAGAGGAAGAAGGCAAUCAAGAUCACGCAGCAGGGACUAUCCCCCUUCAAGAGACAUGGGGUGGCAACGGAGCAGAGAUAACGACAAGAGUUACUCAAGGCACAGUCAUGAAAAAUCCUAUUCAUACUACUGGGACUCUUACAGCCAUUACAGCAGGGACAGGGGAAGCAACGAUUCAUUGUACAUGCAAAAUAGGUCCUAUAGCGCAAGUUACUAUGUGAGUCCAGAACGUAGGGCCAGAUCUCAUUCAAGAAGUAGAAGCAACAGAAGCAGCAGCAGCCACCGGGAUUACCACCACAGGGAAAGGCGAAGGUCGAGAAGCCUCUCUAGCAGCAGUUCCAGGGCUUCCCAUUCUGCCCAUCGGAGAUCCAGGCAUGAUAAACCCAGCGGGAAAAGAAAAUACAAAACCCGUCAUCUGGAGGGCACAUCAAAAGAAGUGACCUCAAAGUCCUACUCAUCGUCUUCAUAUAGCCUUCCGGAAAAGAGGGGGAGCAGUGAGCGAUAUCACAAAAAGUCUCGUAAGAAGAGCAGAAGUCUGAGUGUGGAAAUAGUCUAUGAGGGGAAGGCAACAGGAGAGAGUAGCCGCCGUCACAAGAAGCAUAAAAAACACAAAAAAAAAUGCAAGCGCCACAGAAGCAGGGAAAAGGCAGGACAUCGAGCCCCAACUGUCAUCACUAUUGACAGUGACAGUGAUCAUGCAAUGGAAGCAAGUGAUCAUGUCAGGGAAACAAGUGAUCAAGCAGAGAAGGAAAAUGUUCAUGCUAGGGAUGAAAGUGAUCACGCAGAGAAUGGAAGUGAUCACGCAGAGAAUGGAAGUGACCAUGCCAGGGAAACAAGAGAUUAUACUGGAAACGUAAGUGAUCAAGCAGCAGAAGCAAGUGAUCAGACAGGCAACACAAGUGAUCAGAGCGACAGCAGCAAUGAAAAUGAGAUCUCCAGCACCACCGGCAGCUUGGCUGAUACCAAUAUACAUGAAAGUCAUGUCCUAGCUGAGCACAGUGCAUCUGCUAUUUCAGAGGAUGAUGUUUUGACUAAAGCCAGGGAAGCUACUGAUACAGGUGACACAAUUAAAAGCGUAAGCUGGCAGACUUCUCUUGUCUUAAGUGAUGAGAGCAGUACUGGGACUGGCAGCCCCUCAAACUCCCAAGAGACUAGAUUAGAGGAACAGAGUAGUGUAGAAAACUCCCCUCAAAAAAACAACUGUAUCUCUAAGCCCUUCAACACAGGACCUCAUGCUGGGAUUUGUAAAUAAAUAAAUAAACCUCACUUAACAUUUCCAUAUUGAACAUUUGUGGUAUUAUGAUGAUGAUAGGGUGCAACAACUGCAGAGCUGUCAAAAUAAAUAAAAUAUGUAACAUAUUACUUACUGCGGGAGACCUUUCCUUAUAAAUGUACAUACAAACUUUCUUAUAAUAAAACUGCCAAAAACAUUUUUAUUCUUAUGUUUGAGACUUCUUUAAUGAAGGGAUUUAUAUGCUCUGUUAUUCCCUAGACAAUAAAAACAUGAGCCUUUGUAUUUUAGGCUUCACUGUGCACUGUAUCUUAACUUAAUAAUGUAGUGGUAUGUGUGUGUGUGUGUGUGUGUGUAUGUAUGUAUGUAUGUAUAUGUGUGUAUGUAUAUGCGUGUGUGUGUGUGUGUGUGUGUGUGUGUGUGUGUAUAUAUAUAUAUAUAUAUAUAUAUAUAUAUAUAUACAGUACCUUGAAAAGGUAUUCAGACCCCUGACCAAUUCUCUCAUAUUGCUGAAUUACAAAUGGUACAUUGAAAUUUCGUUCUGUUUGAUAUUUUAUUUUAAAACAUUGAAACUCAAAAUCAAUUAUUGUAAGGUGACAUUGGUUUUAUGUUGGGAAAUAUUUUUAAGAAAAAUAAAAAAAACUGAAAUAUCUUCCUUGCAUAAGUAUUCAACCCCUGUGCUGUGGAAGCUCCCAGUUUACACCGAUGAAAGAAAUUGCCCUAACGAGGACACAAUUACCUUACCAUUGGCCUCCAUCUGUGAACCAUUAAAGUUGCUAUCACAUUUUCUGGAUAAAAACCCCACUGUUGAAUGAUCAUUGGUCAGGCUGUGAAUGUGAAGGAAAAUAAAGACCAAAGAGCAUUCUACAGAAGUUAGAGAUACAGUAAUACAAAUGCAUAGAUUAGGGAAAGGGUACAAAAUAAUAUCCAAGUGUUUGGAUAUCCCAGUGAGCACAGUUGGAUCAAUAAUCAGGAAGUGGAAGCUGCAUCACACCACCCAGGCACUGCCAAGAAAAGGCUGUACCUCAAAACUCAGCGCUCAAACAAGAAGGAGACUUGUGAGAGAAGCCACAGAGGCCAACAAUCAAUUUGAAGGACCUACAGAGCAGUGGCUGGGAGUGGAGUAAUGGUGCACCAGUCAACCAUAUCAAGAGCUCUGAAUAACACUGGCCUGUAUGGGAGGGUGGCAAGAAAGAAGCCGUUACUCAAAAAGUACCAUCUGAAAGCACGUCUGGAGUUUGCCAGAAAGCAUGAGAGAGACCCAGCUGCGAUGUGGGAAAAGGUUUUGUGGUCAGAUGAGACCAAGAUGGAGCUUUUUGGCCAAAACUCAAAGCGCUAUGUGUGGCGCAAACCUAACGCUGCCCAUGCCUCAAGACACACCAUCCCUACAAUGAAGUAUGGUGGUGGCAGCAUCAUGCUGUGAGGUUGCUUCUCAUCAGCAGGGACUGGGCAUCUUGUUAAAAUUGAAGGAAGAAACGAUGGAGCAAAAUACAGGGAAAUACUGCAAGAGAACCUGCUUCAGUCCGCUAAAAAACUGAAGCUUGGGAGGAAAUUCAUCUUUCAGCAGGACAUUUGGGAAUCUGUGGCACUAUUUGAAAAUUGCGGUCCACAAGCGUCGUCCAACCAACCUGAACAACCUGGAGCAAAUCUGCCAAGAAGAAUGGGCCAAAAUCACUCCGACACUGUGUGCAAAGCUGGUACAUACUUAUCCCAAAAGACUUAAAGCUGUUAUUGCAGCGAAAGGUGGCUCUACCAAAUAUUAAUGUGUGGGGGUUGAAUACUUAUGCAAGCAAGAUAUUUCAGUUUUUUUAUUUUUCUUAAAAAUAUUUCCCAACAUAAAACCAAUGUCACCUUACAAUAAUUGAUUUUGAGUUUCAGUGUUUUAAAAUAAAAUAUCAAACAGAACGAAAUUUCAAUGUACCAUUUGUAAUUCAGUAAUAUGAGAGAAUUGGUCAGGGGUCUGAAUACUUUUGCAAGGCACUGUACACAGACACACACACACACACACACACACAUAUGUACAAAUGCAUUUAAUUUCUUUUAUAGUAAGGGUACUCGCCAUUACUAAAACCACCAAGAUGGGCUACACAUACUAUACUGAAUUCUCAGGGUGAACUCUUUAAGUAGCUGCUAUUUUAUGCUGUUUAAAGGGUUAGCCUACAUAAUACCCUGUUGUGUUUACAAAAUGCACUGAUUGUGAUUGUGUUGAUAUUUUUAUUCACACACUUGGGUCCUAAAUUAUUCUGAGGAAUAAAACCAGAGGCAUUUCAACUUUCACUGGGAAGAGUUGGCCUGUGAGAGUCACAGUACGUAAUAUAUGGCUGCAAUAUGUACAACACAGGAUACAGCAAAUAUAAAGGAAUGGAUUUCUUGUAAAUAUUAAAUGGUGACAAAUCAACACACCGGGGUUCAAUUUUGUGAGUGGCCACUUUAGAUUUGUAUAAAAUCAACCUUGAACAUCUUUGUAUUAAUACAUUUUAUUGUAACUGAUAUUUGGACAUUUAAUUUCAGUAGAUAUUUAAGUUUUUAUUGCAAACUGCAGCAUUUGAAUGCCAUCAUUGAUUUGCUGAAAUGUAACUUUGUUAACCAAAUUUCAUUAAACUGUUCAGUGUCAUGACAAUGCCAAAUUCAUUGCUUGAUGUGCAAAAUUAUGUGCAUUAAGAUGCACCAUUACUACAACAAUCCAGUCAGAAAAGAAUGACUACUAAUGUAAACGUGUUAAAUUUCCAUGGAAUAAAUAAGCGCUUUUAUAUAUAUAUAUAUUUUUUUUCCCUGUUAGCACAAAUGGCACAUUUAAUUUCUAUAUUAUGAAAUGCAAACAGAAAAUAAAUAAAUUUGUCUUGUCAUAUUUACUCAACUAAAAGUGUUCAUGCCCAGAUCUUUGUCUACUGAAUGGAUUAAAAACCUGUAUGUUUGAAAA